AUGGUUGAUGAAGCACCACUUUCCGGGGAAAUCCCAGCCGUGGAUACCAAGUCCCUCACCAUCAAGAUUGCAACUUCCGGCCAUAAACCCAGUAAGGAGGUUAUUACCAACACAGUAACAAGUUCAGUAGCAUCAUCACCAUAUAACUCUCCUUCUCUAAUCUCUCCUCCAUCCUCAGCAUUUGUUUCAGCUUUACAGUCACCAUACAUAUCUCCAAGGGCCACAUUAGUCCCAAACCCUCCCUCUGAAAAUCCCACCCCCACUACACAAACCCUCACCCACCCAUCCCCACCUGUUUCGUACUGUGGGUCUCAGUCCGAUGAUCUUCCCAGCACCUCCUACACUCCCCCAUCUGAGCGAUACGAUUUUCCUGAUGAACCCAACAAUACAAAGCUCAAAAUUGUGACCUGUGUUCCAGUUUCAGGUCCAGACACAGCUCCUCGGAUUUCAUUUUCAUUUCCUGUCCCUCGAAUUUCAUUUGCAAAAGGCUCUGUUUCGCCUGCUUCAAAUGCCAAACUCAGGAGCUGUGAUGUGUACAUUGGCUUCCAUGGUCAGAACCACAAUCUAGUUCGCUUCUGUAAGUGGCUUAAAUCGGAGCUGGAGCUACAGGGUAUUGCUUGCUUUGUUGCAGACAGGGCAAAGUACUCGGACAAUCAGAGCCAUGAGAUUGCAGACCGAGUCAUUUGCUCAGUGACGUUUGGGGUUGUGGUUGUCACUAGUCAUAGCCUUCAUAACCAUCUUAGUUUGGAGGAGAUCAGGUUCUUUGCUCAAAAGAAGAAUUUGAUCCCUUUGUUCUUUGACACUGACCCAAAUGAGAUUGAAAAUCUUGUUAACCACAAUCUGGACAAUAAAGAAUGCAAAGAAGCAAUUGAUGGGCUAAUCAAGUCCCAUGAGUUUAAGCUGGAGGCAAAUGAGGGUAAUUGGAGAACCUGUGUAUCAAAAGCUGCUGGAAUUUUAAGGGCAAAGCUUGGAAGGAAGAGCCUUGCUGAGAAGGAAGUAGAAAGGUUUGAAGAGUUGCCAUUUCCAAGAAACAAACUUUUUGUGGGAAGAGAGAACGAAAUUACGGAGAUUGAAACUGCAUUGUUUGGGUGUGGUGGGGAUUAUUUUGAACAAGAAACUCAGAUGCCAAUUAUCAGAGGAGGAACACCAGGGCAAUCUGAGUGUUUUGCAGAUGAGGAAAGUGAAGUUGACACUAACAGAGGAGGGAGAUAUAUAAAUUUGGAACUGGGCAAGUGCAAAGGACCAAAUUUAGAGUCUUGGGUUGAACCAGUUAUUGGAAGAAAUUCACAGAAAAGGCCUAAAUACAAGAAGUCGAAAAGUGGGAAAUUCAAGAGCUUUGGCAGCAGUGUGGUCUGCAUAAAUGGAGCUCCUGGUGUUGGAAAGACAGAGCUUGUAUUGGAGUUUGCUCACAGAUAUUCCCAGAGAUACAAGAUGGUUAUGUGGGUAAGUGGUGAAGCUCGAUAUUUCAGGCAGAAUAUCCUCAACUUAUCGCUCAAUUUGGGCUUGGAUGUAAGCGCUGAUGCCGAGAAGGAAAGAGGGAGGAUCAGGAGUUUUGAUGAGCAGGAAUCAGAAGCAUUCAAGAGAGUUAAGAGGGAGUUGUUUCGGGACAUGCCUUAUUUACUGAUUAUUGACAAUCUAGAAAGUGAGAAGGAAUGGUGGGAAGGGAAGGAUCUACAUGACCUAAUACCAAGGAACACUGGAGGGUCUCAUGUGAUUAUUACAGCAAGGCUCUCCAGGGUGAUGAAUUUUGAUCCAAUGCAACUUCAGCCAUUGCCAUUGUCUGAUGCAAUGAUAUUAGUUAGGGGAAAACGGAAGAAAGAAUAUCCGGCUGGUGAGGUUGAAUACUUGGGGAAGUUUGAUGAGCAAUUGGGGAGGUCAAGUUAUGGGUUGUGUGUGAUUGGUUCACUGCUUUCUGAACUUGCAAUUUUGCCCUCUUCUCUCUUUGAAGCUGUGAACCAGGUCUCAUUUGAGGAAGCUUCUAAUUGCUGUAAUUCGAGCAUUGCUGAUCAGCAAUUCUGCAGAACCAAUCCUUUCCUUAUGAAAGUCCUGGCUUUUUGCACUGCGGUCUUGCAGCAAAGCAAAGGGAGUAGGAACCUCCUUGCCUUAAGAAUGGUUCAAGUAGGAGCUUGGUUUGCCCCAGCACCCAUUUCAGCAAAUUUACUAGCUGCCUCAGCUAAGAAUAUGCCUGCCCCGAGAAACAGGUUUAGAAAGUGGACCAAAUGCAUGAAUGUUGCGUUCUGUUGUUGUUCGGGUGGUUGUUCAUCAAGCCAAACAUGGAAGAGUGAAGAGGAUUCAGCCCUUCUCUUAGUUAAGCUCGGUUUGGCACGACGAGCUAAUAGACAGCCUGGAUGUUGGAUCCAGUUCCACCCCAUAACUCAGAUAUUUGCAAGAAGGAAAUAUGGUUUAGCCACUGCUAAGUCUACAAUCCAAGGUGUUAGGAAAAUUGGAAAUCAUAUGGUGAAUUCUGAUCACCUUUGGGCUUCUGCUUUCCUUGUCUUCGGAUUCAAAUCAGAUCCCCCACAAGUGCAGCUUAAGGCAAUCGAUAUGGUUCUCUUCAUUAAGAAAACAGCCCUCCCUCUUGCAAUUGGAGCCUUCACUACCUUCUCAAGGUGCAACUCAGCCUUGGAGCUCCUGAAAGUCUGCACAAAUGUCCUGGAAGAAGUGGAGAAAUCGUUUGUCUCUCAGAUACAAGAUUGGUGCCAUGACUCACUUUGCUGGAAAAAGAAGUUGCAAUCCAAUCAGAGGGUGGAUGAGUAUGUAUGGCAAGAAGUGACAUUGUUGAAGGCUACGAUGCUCGAGACCAGAGCGAAGCUGUUGCUGAGAGGUGGACAUUUUGAUAGCGGCGAAGAGCUCUGCAGAACUUGUAUCAGUAUCAGGACAGUAAUGCUUGGCCAUAACCAUGCUCAAACAUUGGCAGCUCAAGAAACAUUGGCAAAGUUAGUUCGGAUGAGGAGUAAGAUAUGAUGUUUUUUUCUUUCAAAACAAAUCAGCCUCAAACUUGGGUAGCUCAGUUUUGAUUCCACUGUAUCAUGUCAAUUCACUAAUUAGCUUAUACAAAAACAAUCAGUCUCUUCUUGUUCUUCUACUGGACAUGAACUCAUUAAAGAAGUA